AGCUGUACUGGACAUCUGGACUUCUGCCCAUCUGCUAGCCCACCAUGGAGGGUCUCUUCUUCAACGUCAACAGCGGUUACAUCGAGGGCAUUGUCCGUGGUUAUCGGAACAGCCUCCUAACCGGUCAACACUACUCCAACCUGACCCAAUGCGAAACUGUUGAUGAUGUCAAAUUGCAGCUUGCCCCAGCCUAUGGCGACUUCCUCGCCGCCCUCCCUCCCAACCCUUCUACCUCUGCCCUUGCGGGCAAGAUGACGGAUAAGCUGGUCGCCGAGUUUCGCUACCUUAUGGCGCAGGCCACGGGGUCCACCGCCAAGUUCCUGCAAUACCUUACAUAUGGCUACAUGAUCGACAACAUCGCCCUGCUCAUCACCGGUACCCUGCACGAACGUGACACUCGCGAGCUUCUAGAGCGAUGCCACCCCCUCGGCUGGUUCGAGACUCUGCCCGUCCUGUGUGUCGCCACAAACAUUGAAGAGCUGUAUAACUCCGUGUUGAUUGAGACGCCACUGGCUGGUUACUUCAAGAACAGUCUGAGCCAUCAGGAUCUCGACGAACUGAACAUCGAGAUCGUGCGCAACACCCUCUAUAAGAACUACCUGGAGGACUUCCACCAGUUUGUCACCACACAUCCCGAUUUCAAGGGCACUCCUACGCAAGAGGUGAUGUCCGAAAUCUUGCAGUUCGAGGCAGACCGACGUGCGAUCAACAUCACGCUGAAUUCAUUCGGAACGGAGCUCUCCAAGCUAGAGCGGAGGAAGCUGUACCCGGAGUUUGGCAAGCUCUACCCAGAGGGCUCGUUGAUGCUUUCUCGGGCCGAUGACAUUGAAUCUGUGGCUCUCGCCGUGAGCAUCUCUGCAGACUACAGGGCGUUCUUCGAUGCCGUUGGUCUCACUCAGGGCGGCGGCGGCCUGGGAGGCAUGGGUGGCUCGGAUGGAAAGAGUCUGGAGGACCUUUUCUAUCAGAAGGAGAUGGAGAUGAGCAAGAUCGUGUUCACACGGCAGUUCACUCCAGCUGUGGUGUACGCAUGGAUGAGGCUGAAGGAGCAGGAAAUCCGCAACAUCACGUGGAUUUCCGAGUGCAUUGCGCAAAACCAGAAAGAGAGGAUUGGAAACUUUAUCUCCGUUUUCUAGAUACCAGCUCCCUUUUGUCACUCCGUUUCCGCCCCGCCCUUUCUUGAACUAUCCGCCAAAAUUUGUACUUUCCCGUUGUUGCACAUGUGACGCUAGGCUCCCGUUGUUUGUGGGCGCUUUCGAGUUUCCUCCUAUUUCCGCCGUGUCUAGUUAGUACCCAGUCCCUGUAAUGAGCGCAUAAAUUCGCCCAGCAUGCCUACUAUGAUAGUUUUGGCUAUCCGGCCUUUGGUACCCCUUGCCCCAGGCGUUUUGGGAUUUUUCUUCUUGUGAUAUAGUCUUAUAGAUAAAGCUGGAUUUAUCUACCCUGUA